CUGGUCAAACAGCCGAUGUAAACUGAUGUUAUUCUGUGUUUUACGAAUUAUUAGAAGAAUUAAAUAUCGUUUUAAUAACUUCUCUUGACUUCAACCAUGAACAAAUACACCAUGAAUCUUUUGGUUUUUCUAUUAAUCACAGGACCAGGAUUGAUUUUGUCCGUGCAUGCGGCUUUAUGCGAUCCGUCAAUCGCCCCCUGUCAUUUAGGUAGUUGUAUGCCGUGUAAUUUGGGAAAAAAGCAACCUGUGAAACAAGACGAUUGCACGAAUCCGAAUGGAUGCCCUGAAGUCACCAUUGUAAAAAUCGAACCACCUGCCUCGGAGUUUAAAUUUAUACCCCAAUCACCGUUCAUUAAACCACCCACUACCUGCAUAUUUUGUUUCUGGAACAUGAAUGGAUUUUUUUGGUAUUAUAAUAAAUAAGCCACAUAUAUUUAUUGUACUUUAACCUUAUAUUUAU